UAUAUAUAAGCAAAUGGCUGGUGUUAUCUCGUAUUCUUCGAAGGGCGUGGAGUCUGAGCAUAAUUAAGAGCUUUCAUCUUGGAAGCUUUGGUUGGCUCGAAAGGAAUGGAAAUAAGCAAAGGUUGCAGGAGAGUUUGCAUUCUACUACUCUAUUUGACGAUUGCAGCUACCUCAUUCACUCUUUGCAAUGCAAGAAGAUCAGUGCGCUUAUUUAAAGGUCCAGUGCAUACAAGAAGCUCAGUAAACAGACAUGCAAAGAAAUUAAAAGUGACAGAUCACUUUGACUUGGCUUCAUUACUACUGCAACAGGAAACGAUGGAUUCAUCGAAUGCUGGUCCCUAUGUGAGCUCACCAUUUUCCUUGCCACCUUAUGAUUCAUUAGGACCAAUUUCAUUGCCUGAUAAUGCCCCUCCAUACUGCAUUUAUCCUCCAAACACCCCACAACCCCCAUCCACAAUUCCAACUCCAGCAGGAUACGUGCCCUCUGCAUCUCCACCACCCUUCUCUUAUCCACCACCGGUUCUUCCCAUCCUAAACCCACCUCCAAGCCCAACUGGUGGGGUACCAAGCCCGCCCGAAUUCACCCCGAUUCCCAAUCCACCCGAAAUAGUACCUAGUCCACCUGGUGUCACUCCAAGCCCGCCAGAAGUUGUGCCAGGCCCACCCGUCAACAUUCCCGGAACACCAGAAGUUGCCGUCCCGAGUCCGCCGGGUACCAUCCCAGGCACGCCGGAAUCAGUGCCUAGCCCGACCAUCUACGUUCCAAGCCCACCAGAAGCUGAACCUGGUCCCCCUUAUUACGAGCCUAGUCCACCAAGCUACAUCCCUAGCCCGCCCAUUUUUGUUCCAUCUCCAACUGGAUUUGUUCCAAGCCCGCGGGUUUUUCAACCACCUGUUGUGUAUCCACCUCCUACAGGGCCACCAUCUCCAAGAACAAGCCCGUACACAGCCUUAUGGUGUGUUGCCAAGCCUUCGGUGCCCGAUCCAAUCAUUCAAGAAGCAAUGAACUACGCUUGUGGGUCUGGGGCAGAUUGUGACUCGAUUCAACCGAGUGGGUCAUGCUUUGAGCCCAACACAUUGUUUGCACAUGCUUCCUAUGCCUUCAAUAGUUACUGGCAGAGGACCAAAGUUGCUGGUGGCACUUGUUCCUUUGGAGGCACUGCCAUGCUAGUCACCGUUGAUCCUAGCUAUGAUGGCUGUAGAUUUAUGUACACGUGAGGAGAUGAAGGCUCUUCGAUCUUCCUGGGACAACAGUGAAUAGAUAGCAAACCAGUCUCCGAGACAGCAGAGGCCAAUCUCUCUCUCUGAUGGUUCAUUUCUAAAUAAAUUUGUAGGGUCAUUUUACGAUCUGUCAAGGCACGAAUUUUGUAAGUAGUGCUCCUUAGGUGGGUCCCCAGGUAGAUUAGGCUUGGAUUUCUAUUUCUAUUUCUUUUUAGGUUAUCAUCCUCGUCAUGAAAUUCUUCUUUUUGUACAAGGGACCUCCCUGUAUUCCUCCCGUGUGAGUUGUAUUAACUCGAAUAAACAUAUAAACAGGACGUGCAGUAAUUCCAAUUGCAUGUUUUAUUCCUGUGAUC